AUGGCGACAGCAUACAAGAUCAAUGUUCCGGUGGCGAACACGGGACUGUGGAAGUUUGAUCAGAAAGAUGCUGCCGCGAGCAAGGUGUCUGAACUACUGCAGGAGGAUCUCGAGAAACAUCAUGUCUUCUUUAAUCAAGAAGGUUUCCAUAACCACAUCCCUCAUCAGGUCCUAGCCCUCUUCGGCACCGGCGCAGGCCCCGACGCCAUCCAGACGGCGUACAAUGAAAACGCAGACUACCAGCGUCCAGCCCAGACUCCACGCGACUCCAUCGCCGACGAGCUGCACGACUGGGAGCGCGCGAAAACGUACCUCGGCAAGGAAAAGCACUAUCCAGACUUCCUCCUCUUCUUUCAGCGCGAGAUCGAGAGGCUCGGGGGCUGGGAGGCGGCGCUGAAAGAGCACCUCUUCAAGGGCGACGAGCGCGCCGACGACAUGUUCCAGCGCAUGUUUGCGGGCUUCCUGCACCCCAUCAUCCAGCUCAUGUACGGCGUCGAGUGGGAGCAGCCCGCCAUCGUCGCCGAGGGGCUGGCUCAGGCCGCGGUGCACAAGAACCAGCUCAAGGACUUUUUCAACGAGACGGAGAAGCGUGCGGUCGCAGCUAGUGAGCGGAUGCCGCCGAUUUCGGAUCUUGUUGAAGAGAUUCGUCGGGACCAGAAGCUUGCUCACGCCGCUGAGAUGAAGGACGCGAAUAAGAUCUUUGACGGGAUCCUGAAGCGUGCGCCGGAGGAAAUGCUGCGGAUCGCGAGCAAGGUCAAGGUUCGUCCCGAGGAGCUGGAUGAGAGGACGGCUGAGAUGUUUCAUACUGCCUUUUAUGUUGCUGGCGGCGCGGCUCUUCGGCCGGGUAAGGAGCCAAAGUGGGAUUUCUUCUUGAUUCACCACACGAACGCGGCGCCCAUCUUCCUCAGCUUCAACUCCAUGCCGUGGAUUUCGACGGAGAACAAGGUGCGAAUGCUGGAGUACAAGAUUCGGAUGGACUUGGUGCAGUACGCAGCGCGUGGCUGCCCGCCGCUCCGCCUGGACGAUGUUAAGUCGUACAGGCCAAAGGACAAAGACGAGAGCAAGGACUUGGUCUCCAAGCCGACUGACCUCCUUCCAAGAUUCCAUAACUUUGUAGAUGACGGCCACACGAUCAAGGUGGUUAGAGCACUUGGGAUUUGCCAGGAUCUUUCAGCAAAAUAUGGCGACAAACCCUGGAUCAAGAUCAAGGAUGAGGAGUGGCUCAACCUCACCUACAUGUUGUUGGACAGCACUGAGCAUGACGAGACGAGAUGGGUCCGCUCAGCGGGCUUCGAGGAGGCGUGGAAGGAUAUUCCUGCUCGCGAUUGA